AUGCUGCCGCCGGGCCCCCGCCGGGCCCUCCCCCGGGCCGCCCUCGCCGCCCUCCUCCUCUUCCUCCCGCUGCUCUGCGCGGCCCCCGAUGUUGCAAAGGAAAAUAAGCUUAAGCUGAUGCUUCAGAAACGCGAAGCCCCUGUUGCCACGAAGUCCGAGGUGUCCGUGAAAGAAAAGGCAGCCAAGGAGUUCCUCAGCAGCUUGAGGCGCCAGCGGCGCCAGCUGUGGGACCGGAGCCAGCCCGACGUGCAGCAGUGGUACCAGCAGUUCCUGUACCUGGGAUUCGACGAGGCGAAAUUUGAAGAUGACAUGUCUUACUGGACCAACCUUGGGCGUGCUCGUAAUGAAUACUAUGGUGGAUACUACCAACACCACUAUGAUGAAGAUUCACCAAUUGGCCCACGAAAUCCACACACCUUCAGGCACGGAGCAGCCGUCAACUACGAUGAUUACUAA